GCGGCCUAUAAAGGGCGGAGGGCGGCCUUUCCUUCCCUCUUUCCGCUCGCGGCCUCGGAGGAGGAGGGAUAAGGAGGCGCCUUGCAGCACAUUUUAAAAAAAGCCUUAAAAAUAGCAAAAGAGAAAAAAAAAUAUAAUAAUAAUAACAAUAAAAGGAACAAGCAUCAUCCUCAGAACCCGAAAUAAGGAGGAGGAGGGUAAUUAAUAACCUGGGGCUAAUAAUAAUUAAUAAUAAUAAUAAGAUAUUAAUAAUAAUUAAUCCCAGGCGGGAGGAAUUUGGGGGCCGCCUUUUUGCCUUGUUUUAAAUUAAAGCUACUCUUAAUUUUCUGCCUGGAUCCCCCCUUCUUUCCCAAGUGUUUUGUGCAUUAUUUUCCCUUAUAAACUCUUAAUUUAAUUUUAAUUUAGUCCUUCUCCCACUUCUGUGUUAAUUUCCUCUUCUUUCUGCAUUCUUUUAUUUCCUUCCCCAUCAAUAAUUUUUUUAAGUUUAUUCUUUUAAUUCCUACCCCAAUUUUGCUUGAAUUUUAAAAGGUAGGAAAAGUUGCCCAAAGGAAAGAGUCAGGAUUGAGUGAUUUUUCUAUUUUUAUUCCCUUUUUAUUCCCUUUUUUCCCUAGAAACCCCAUUGGACAUUCUCAAUUUACUUCCCUUUUUAAAAUCCCAUUAUUAUAUUAUUUCUCCCCUUUUUAUUUCUUUCACCGUCCUUUUUUGCUUUGGCAAAAAGUAAAAGCUUGGUCUUGGCGGACUUUUGGUUUUACAGUAUUUUCAUGAAUAAAACUUUCAGCUUUAAAUAAAAAUCACCAUUUAACAAAAACUAGAUCAAACUGACUGUUUUACCUAUUUUGCACAAAUAACAGGAGGAAAAAUACGAAAAGAAAUAUAUAAGAUUUUAUUUUUAAAAUAGCCUGGAAGAUAGUGAAGGGGGAAAGUUAGUUUUGAAGCUAAUCCUUAAUUUAAAAGAAAGAUUUUUCCCCAACUGGAUGUUUUACAAGAUUUAUUUUUUUAAAAGUGGAAUUAGUUACUUUAUUUUAUUAAAGAAUUGCUUAAAAUUCACUGGUUUUUGGGAGGCUCCUGGCUCUGGACUACUUUUCAGCACAGGUCUUCCACUUAGUCCUCAACUGACCCUUCAGAAAUAUUUGUUACUGUUUAAAAUUUGCACUAAUUUUUUAAAAUUGUAAUUUAAUUUAAUUUUAUUCUGGCCUCUCAGCUGCAUUUCUUUGUUCUCCGGUUGCCACUCUUGCAGCGUUUUGGCCUUUUUUGAUCUUAACUCAGACAUAUCUGUAAACGUAACUCUAAACAUUAGAAGGUUUUUAAGAGAGAUUUUAUAUAGGAAGGGCUAUUUAGACGUAGCGGAGGAAGAUGAACACAGCUGCAAGUAGCUACCCGAUGGCGUCCCUAUACGUGGGCGACUUGCACCCGGAUGUGACGGAGGCCAUGCUUUACGAGAAAUUCAGCCCCGCCGGCCCCGUGCUUUCCAUCCGCGUCUGCAGAGACAUGAUCACGCGGCGCUCCUUGGGAUAUGCGUAUGUCAACUUCCAGCAGCCGGCGGAUGCUGAGCGAGCUCUGGACACCAUGAACUUUGACGUGAUCAAGGGCAAACCCAUCCGCAUCAUGUGGUCCCAGCGGGACCCUUCUCUGAGGAAGUCGGGGGUUGGGAACGUCUUCAUUAAGAACCUGGACAAAUCCAUAGACAAUAAGGCACUUUAUGACACAUUCUCAGCUUUUGGGAAUAUCCUUUCCUGCAAGGUGGUGUGUGAUGAGAACGGCUCUAAGGGCUACGCAUUUGUUCACUUUGAGACACAGGAUGCUGCAGACCGGGCCAUUGAGAAGAUGAACGGCAUGCUGCUCAACGACCGCAAAGUAUUUGUAGGCAGAUUUAAGUCCCGCAAAGAGCGUGAACUAGAAUUGGGAGCCAAAGCAAAGGAGUUCACCAAUGUUUACAUCAAAAACUUUGGAGAUGACAUGGACGAUGAGAGGCUGAAGGAGCUGUUUAACAGAUAUGGUAAGACCCUCAGUGUUAAAGUCAUGACAGACCCCACUGGAAAGUCCAAAGGCUUUGGCUUUGUGAGCUUUGAAAAACAUGAAGAAGCCAACAAGGCCGUAGAAGAAAUGAAUGGGAAAGACAUCAAUGGGAAAAUGGUGUUUGUGGGCCGUGCGCAGAAGAAAGUAGAGCGCCAGGCAGAAUUGAAGCGCAAGUUUGAGCAGCUAAAGCAGGAGAGAAUCAGCCGCUAUCAGGGAGUUAAUUUAUACAUUAAGAACCUUGAUGAUACAAUUGAUGACGAGAAACUGAGGAAGGAAUUCUCUCCUUUUGGGUCUAUCACAAGUGCCAAGGUCAUGCUGGAAGAUGGGCGAAGCAAAGGCUUUGGCUUCGUCUGCUUUUCUUCUCCAGAAGAAGCCACCAAAGCUGUGACAGAAAUGAAUGGGCGCAUUGUAGGCUCCAAGCCAUUGUACGUUGCCUUGGCACAGAGGAAGGAGGAGCGGAAAGCCCACCUCACCAACCAGUACAUGCAGCGCAUUGCUGGGAUGAGAGCCCUGCCGGCCAAUGCGAUCAUCAACCAGUUCCAGCCAGCUGCAAGCGGGUAUUUUAUGCCCGCUGUGCCCCAGGCUCAGAACAGACCCACUUACUAUGCACCAAAUCACAUGACUCAGAUUCGCCCCAACCCACGUUGGCAGCAAGGAGGGAGGCCUCAAGGCUUCCAAGGUAUGCCGAACAUGCGCCAGUCUGGACCUCGGCCAAGCCUGCGCCACUUGGCUCCUGCAAGUAAUGCUCAGGCCUCCCGUGGCUUGCCUGGUGCCACCCAAAGGGUUGGGGUUCCUCCCUCAGCUCCGAAUUUAGCCCCUCGACCCCCUGUGGCUGCCCAAGCUCCCAGGGCUGUUCCACCAUACAAAUACGCCUCAAGCGUCCGCAGCCCCCACCCAGCUGCACAGCCUUUACAGACCCCUCAGCCUGCUGUUCACGUUCAGGGACAGGAGCCUUUAACUGCAUCCAUGCUAGCUGCUGCUCCUCCCCAGGAACAGAAACAGAUGCUGGGAGAACGUUUGUUCCCUCUCAUCCAAUCUAUGCACCUGAGCCUUGCGGGAAAGAUCACAGGAAUGCUGCUAGAGAUCGACAAUUCUGAGUUACUGCACAUGCUGGAGUCCCCAGAAUCCCUCCGCUCAAAGGUGGAGGAGGCUGUGGCAGUGCUGCAGGCUCACCAAGCUAAGAAAGAAGCCGCCCAGAAAGUGGGCAUAGUUGCUGCUACCUCUUAAACCCGGGAGGCUGGUUGUCAAAAGCCAGAUGUCCCCCACCUCAAAGAAUCUAUCUGAUAAAGAUGUGUAAAAACAAAUGUGUCCUGUACAUUUCAACACCAUGCAACAUAUCUCACUAUAACAGUAUUCCAGUGUGUAAAGCUGCUUAUAUGCCUUAUUUGCAAACACACACACACAGAAAAACCUCCCAACAAAUUCCCCUUUUUGUUCUCCACCAUCAAAAUAUGCAGUGCUUCCUUUCCACAUCCAGGACACAGCUACCUACUUUGUGUUUCCAUGUCAGUUUUUUUUGCUGACUGGGUAUUUCAUUUGCUUUUCUUGGUUUUAAUGGGACAAUCCUGUUUGCAAAGCCUGGAACAGUGUGUAUCAAUAAAGAAACAGAUGUAUUUCA